AUGGCCAUCAUAACAAUUGAUUUUAUGAACCUGAAUAAGGAGACGUUUAAAACCUUGCCUACACUUGUGUCGGAGCAAAUCUGGAAUAUGCAGCACCUUCAUGGAGGCCUUAUAUGCUGUCAGUCAAGUGGCUUACCAUCGGUACUACUAGAUGUUAGGCUAUCACCUCACUCCUGGGGCCCACACUCCUGGGGCCCACACUCCUGGGGCCCACACUCCUGGGGCCCACACUCCUGGGGCCCACACUCCUGGGGCCCACACUCCUGGGGCCCACACUCCUGGGGCCACACUCCUGGGGCCCACACUCCUGGGGCCCACACUCCUGGGGCCCACACUCCUGGGGCCCACACUCCCACACUCCUGGGGCCCACACUCCUGGGGCCCACACUCCUGGGGCCCACACUCCUGGGGCCCACACUCCUGGGGCCCACACUCCUGGGGCCACACUCCUGGGGCCCACUCCUGGGGCCCACACUCCUGGGGCCCACACUCCUGGGGCCCACACUCCUGGGGCCCACACUCCUGGGGCCCACACUCCUGGGGCCCACACUCCUGGGGCCCACACUCCUGGGGGGCCCACACUCCUGGGGCCCACACUCCUGGGGCCACACUCCUGGGGCCCACACUCCUGGGGCCCACACUCCUGGGGCCCACACUCCUGGGGGCCACACUCCUGGGGCCCACACUCUUGGGGUCCACACUCCUGGGGCCCACACCCUACCAGCCCACUCCCUACCAGUUGACAUGUGGGCCCUCAUGCUUCACCCCACACUGUACAAGACAUGA